GGCUCCCGCUUCGUAAAGACCUCAUCGCCGUGAGGUGAGGCUAAGAUGAGCAUAACCAGUGAUGAGGUGAACUUCUUGGUGUAUCGAUAUCUCCAGGAGUCAGGUUUCUCCCAUUCGGCCUUCACGUUCGGGAUCGAGAGCCACAUCAGCCAGUCCAACAUCAACGGGACGUUGGUGCCGCCAGCCGCGCUCAUCUCUAUCCUCCAAAAAGGGCUGCAGUAUGUGGAGGCCGAGAUCAGCAUCAACGAGGACGGCACGGUGUUCGACGGCCGGCCCAUCGAAUCGCUGUCGCUGAUUGACGCUGUGAUGCCCGACGUGGUGCAGACGCGGCAGCAGGCCUUCCGAGAGAAGUUGGCUCAACAGCAGGCUAGUGCGGCGGCGGCGGCCGCAGCAGCAGCAGCAGCGGCAGCAGCAGCAACGACUGCCCCAGCAGCUGUGUCCCAGCAAAGCACACCAAAGAACGGAGAGGCCACGGUGAACGGGGAAGAAAACGGGGCACAUGCAAUAAAUAAUCAUUCUAAACCAAUGGAAAUCGACGGGGAAGUCGAGAUCCCACCCAACAAGGCCACCGUGCUUCGGGGCCACGAGUCCGAAGUGUUCAUCUGUGCCUGGAACCCUGUCAGUGACCUCCUUGCAUCUGGGUCUGGAGACUCUACCGCAAGGAUAUGGAACCUCAACGAGAACAGCAAUGGGGGUUCCACCCAGCUCGUGUUGAGACACUGUAUACGGGAAGGGGGCCAUGACGUUCCCAGUAACAAGGACGUGACCUCGCUGGACUGGAAUAGCGACGGAACACUCCUGGCUACGGGUUCCUACGAUGGCUUUGCCAGGAUAUGGACGGAAGACGGCAACCUAGCCAGCACCUUAGGCCAACACAAAGGCCCCAUCUUCGCCUUGAAAUGGAACAAAAAGGGAAAUUACAUUCUGAGUGCUGGCGUAGACAAAACAACAAUAAUUUGGGAUGCCCACACGGGAGAGGCCAAACAGCAGUUUCCCUUUCACUCAGCCCCCGCUCUGGAUGUAGACUGGCAAAACAACACGACCUUCGCCUCAUGUAGUACAGACAUGUGUAUCCACGUGUGCAGGCUGGGCUGCGACCGUCCCGUCAAAACUUUCCAAGGGCACACGAACGAGGUCAACGCAAUCAAGUGGGACCCUUCGGGGCUGUUGCUCGCUUCCUGUUCCGAUGACAUGACGUUAAAGAUCUGGAGUAUGAAGCAGGACACAUGUGUCCACGACCUACAGGCUCAUAGCAAAGAGAUCUACACCAUCAAGUGGAGCCCCACUGGGCCAGCCACCAGCAACCCCAACUCCAACAUCAUGCUCGCAAGUGCUUCGUUUGAUUCUACGGUUCGGCUGUGGGAUGUGGAUCGAGGUGUCUGCAUCCACACACUCACGAAACAUCAGGAGCCUGUCUACAGUGUAGCUUUCAGCCCUGAUGGGAAAUACUUGGCCAGCGGCUCCUUCGACAAGUGCGUGCACAUCUGGAAUACUCAGAGUGGAAGCCUUGUGCACAGCUAUCGAGGCACCGGCGGUAUCUUUGAGGUUUGCUGGAAUGCACGUGGCGACAAAGUGGGUGCCAGCGCGUCGGACGGCUCUGUGUGCGUUUUAGAUUUGCGGAAGUGA